GAAUUUUUGUUAUCACAGACGGUGAGACAAUAACAAGACGAAGAGUUGCCUGACUGAGUCGGCAUAAACUUGUGCACAACCAAACAAAACAUUAGACGAAUGGUUCAACCCAAACUGAAGCCGCGGCAUUUUUGUUAGUAUAAAGAUGCUCGCAGAAGAUGAAGAAGAAGAAGAAGGAGCAAACACUUAUAGUUUACUAUACAAUGGAGUUGAAGGUGGUGAUGCUGCUGCUGCUGGUCAUUGCGUUAGCAAGAACAGCAACUGCAGCAGUUGACCAAGCCCUGCCCGGCUGCCUGAACAAAUGCGGAAAUGUUUCAAUUCCGUACCCCUUUGGCGUAGGUAAAGUCGCCGGAAACAACUGUUUCUUGGAAGAAGACUUGGAACUCAGCUGCACAAACGCCAUUCUAUACACAGAUAAAAUCCCAGUUCGGAACAUAACCCUCCUAGGUCAAUUGGAGAUGGAUUUCUUCGUCUCUUCUAUCUGCAAACAAAGCAUUUCUAAAGGAGAAACAGCCAACGAACCCACACUCCAAACUGCAUCCUUCACCAUUUCCAGCACGGAAAACAAGUUCGUGAGUAUAGGCUGCGACACCUACGGGUAUCUCAACAGUUACGUCGACGAAGCUAAAUACUCAACAGGCUGCUUAACAAGAUGUGACAACAAGAAUGAAGAGAAGAUGGAAAACAUGCAGGGAAGUGACGGCAAAUGUUCGGGCAUAGGGUGCUGCCAGGUGGAUAUACCUCCUGGAAUGAAUAACAUCAGUAUACAAGCUUACUCCUUUCAUGAUUUCAAGUACUCUUCCAAUCCCAACAGCUGCAGCGUUUCGUUUGUCGUCAAAAAUGGCGGCUACAAUUUCUCCAGGGAUGAUUUGAAUCGCGUCCCGCUCGACGAGGCUCCCAUGAUUGUUGAUUGGAGAGUUGGAGAAGCUGCCUGUAACGUUUCCAAGGACAAAACUAAGUAUGCAUGCAUAAGUGAUAAUAGCUUUUGCGAGGACCCACCCUCUGCCGCUGGAAAUGGCUACCUCUGCAAAUGUAAACCAGGUUUUCAGGGCAACCCUUACCUUUCCCAAGGUUGCACAGACUUCCCAGAUUGUAAAAUGGGGACCCACAACUGCGCAAGAGCAGAGUAUUGUCAUGAAACUCCUGGCUCUUUCGAAUGUUUAUGUCCUGCUGGGAUGAUCGGAAAUGCAACAAACGAAGGUGGAGGAUGCCAGCCAAAGCAGCAAGCUGAUGAAUUUACCAAGAUCGUCAUUGGAGCAGGUGUAGGAUUAAUUGCUUUGUUUGUGGGGGUUUCUUGGCUUUACUUAAUGCUCCAGAAAAGGAGAGUCCUAAAACUAAAGGAAAAGUUCUUUCAGCAGAAUGGGGGCAUCAUUUUAAGACAUAAACUCUCUACAACAAGAGACUCAUCUCAAUCCACCACAAUUUUCAAUGCUGAGCAACUUAAUAAAGCUACCAACAAUUUUGAUGAGAAUUUAAUCAUUGGCAAAGGAGGUUUUGGAACAGUUUUCAAAGGAGUUCUCUCAAAUAAUCAAGUUGUUGCUAUCAAGAAGUCAAAAAUAGUGGAUGCGAGCCAGGUGGAGCAAUUCAUCAAUGAGGUCAUUAUACUAUCACAGAUUAAUCACAGAAAUGUAGUCAAACUUUUGGGUUGUUGUCUAGAGACAGAAGUUCCAUUAUUAGUAUAUGAAUUUGUUAAAAAUGGCACCCUUUUUGAUUAUUUGCAUAAACAAGGUCAAGUGGGUAAUGUAUCUUGGAAAACAUGUUUAAGGAUUGCCACUGAAGCAGCUGGAGCUUUGUCAUAUCUACACUCUGCAGCUAGUAUACCCAUCAUCCAUAGGGAUGUGAAAACUGCGAAUAUACUCUUAGAUGACAAUGGCGCUGUCAAAGUUUCUGACUUUGGAGCUUCACGAUUGGUUCCACAAGACCAAACUGAAAUAGCCACAAUUGUGCAAGGAACCUUUGGGUAUUUAGACCCAGAGUAUAUGCAAUCAGGCCAAUUGACUGAAAAGAGUGAUGUGUAUAGCUUUGGGGUAGUGCUUGUAGAACUGCUAACUAAGGAGGAGCCUUUCUCUUUUCAGAGGACAGAAGAAAAACGAAGUCUUACGUUUCACUUUGUAUGUAGCUUGGAAGAGGAUAAUUUGUUUGAUGUUGUUCAAAUUGAUGAUGAGGAUGAAGAAAAUAAACACGAGAUUAUGCAGGUUGCUAUUCUUGCUGCGAGGUGCUUGAAACUUAGAGGGGAGGAAAGGCCUAGCAUGAAGGAAGUGGCAAUGGAAUUGGAGGGAGUGAUGCUUAUGAACAAACACCCUUGGACCAAUUCAAGCCACACUUUUGAGGAGAGACAAUACUUGCUUUCUGAGGCACAAAGCAUUUGUGAACCUGGUGACAGUAGUGGCCAACAAAAUACUAGAUAUGAUAGUGCGAGAGAGCUUCAAUUAAUUGACUUUGGUAAUGGAAGAUGAUCAACGCACGCUAUGCAAAAAAUAUUUGUAUUCCCAUUUCAGUAUAUUUGCUUUCUUUACUUGUUAUUCAGUUUGUCUCAUUGUAAUAUAAUUUUAUUCUAGUUUAUACUUUA